AUGUUGAACCAGUACACUCUGCGCAGCUUUCUCAGAGACACAACACCCAAAUAUAAUGAUAACUUAGUUGCAAGAAACAAUGGAAAAAUCAUUAAGAAAACAACUUCUGUCAGAAAAACCACCCCAUUCAAGAGACCAAUGCCAAUCAGCAGCAGAAAAGCAAAUAUAAUACAGGAAACAAAUCUUUCAAACCCCAAACAUCUGAAGUCAAAAAGUGUACUAGAAGUAAAUAUGACUGAUGUCAGCAUGGAAGGAAACCUUUCAGAUACUGAGAAUAGUCAAACCAACAGUCAGGAAGGAAAAAAAAAAGAAGAGAAAAAUAGAACUUUUACCUAUGUCAAGAAAGGAAAAGGAAAAGAACCAGAUAUAUCAGUUCAGAGCAACAACAACAGCAUCAACAAUAUCAACAACAAUGACAACAUCAAUAGUAACAACAAAAAUAUAAACAUACUUCACAGUGCAAGUAUGUCUUCCCUCAAACAUGUCAGAGUGGAAGAGUCAACAGGAGAACUAAACAUCGUGACUAUUUUCAGUAACUACACAGACACCAAGGAAGUAUACACAUAUCCAAUCUCAGAUUCAAAAAUCCAAACCAAGAUUAGCACUGACACUUAG